AUGCAGCGGUCUUACAACGGCACACAGCACGGCCAAGACUGUAUUAAGAAUCUGGAAGACUGCAAAGAUAAAAUAUGGAAGAAAUGCAAUGUGACCAGUUCAGCGGACCAUUCACCACACCCUUCAUGGGAUAAUGUAUGCGUUGAACAACUUGUGUGGACAUUCAAUAUACAUGCAUACGGAUUUGCUUGUCUUUUUUUCAUUUUAUCAUUCUAUGCCGUUUUUUCAAUUUUAAACAUCAGAUCACAAACAGCUAACAAAAAACCAUACAUGGCAGCAAUUAAUGCGUUAUUACUGGCUACAGGUAUUUGUAGGGCGUUUGUGUUAUUUGUCGACCCAUAUAAUACAAGACGAAACAUUUCAUCCGUUGUCACACAUUUGACAUGGGAUCUUGGCUUAUGCAGCUUAGUGACAGCCCUGUCUUUAUUACAAUUAGCCUAUUUACAACUAACUCAAUUGCAAGCGGGACCAUCAAAUAUGAGACGUAAAUCAGUCGUAGUGACAGCUACUGUAUUAAUUGUUGGAGUUCUUGUUCCAGCAGAUAUAGUUGCAUCCGUUGAUUACAAAUUAUGGGUUUUAGGUAAUGCUGUGCGUAUUCUUUUACAUAUUUGGGGUAUUUGGCUUUGCUGUUUCUUCCUUUACUUAGGUGUUAAAGUAAUGACACUUGUUAAGCGCAUGCCAAAGUCGGUCUUACAAAACUUUGAUUCACGACACAAGGGUAUAAUGCAAUUAGGAAUAUUAGCCCCAUACAAUAACUUAGCUACCUCAAUGGCCGCUGCAUUCGUACCAGCACUAUUAGUUCCACAUCAAUCGAAAUCAGAUUCCAAAGAUAGGCCCACUGUCAAGAUAACGGCGCCAUCAGAAGUUGCCAAUAGCUUUAAUAGAAUGAAUCGGCGAGCUAGUAGUUUCGUGCAAAGACAAAAAAGAUCUGGAUCAAUUAUGUUAAGCCCAACUACACCUUCAAGAAGAUCUAGUGAAGUUCAAAGUAUCAUUCAAAAACGACUGAGUUGUGUGGAAGGAAGUAAGCAAUUUCUGGUAUUAAGUCCUAAUAACAAUGCUAGCGACAGUCCAGAACCAGAAGAAAGUUCAUGGCGUAAGAGUUUCGCCAAAUCAAUAUCAUGGCAAUUCCCAAAAACUGGAGAAUCCGGUAUAACAAAUGAUACUUCACCAACAACUUCGUCAUCGUUACUCACGCCAUUACAACCACAAAGAAGUUUUAGACUUAAGUCUACCGGUCAAGCUGAUCAGGAAACCAGGCCUACAACCAGACAUUCGAGCAGUUUUUCAGAUUUAAGUUCUGAAAUGACCUUAAGUACGAUAUUAAAUCAUAUUGCAUUUGUAAAUCGAGGAAAUGGAACAGGAGAUGCUAAAAUGGACAACGUUCGGAGACGUGCUUCUAAAGUUGCUAUUACUAAAUCAGAAAUCGUUUUAGUGAUAAAAACCGUACAUGUCUGUGCAGGACUGGCAAUGUUAUUAUGUUUUUUUAACUUUGCUACAGAUAUUAAUUUGAUUGGAGUUUACUCAUACGACAAACCAUGGUGCUGGCUAAUAGUGCAAAGUGUGGUACGAGUUUUGGAAUUAUCGUUGGCGUGCAUGUUAGCCAACCUAACAAAACAACCAGUGAACGUUAUACACCACACUCAAUAUACGCAUCCGUUGAGAGCGAAACUUCGAGGGUCAUUUUUCAUUUAG